AUGGAUCCCGAGAAGCACUCGUUGGACGGUCAGGACGACAAGGAGCGCGACCUCGACCUCGACCUCGACCACGACCACGACCUCGAGAAGGGCGGCGUUGGCCACCCAUCCAUCCUCAACAAGACACACAAUGCCACCUUCGAGAGCCAAGGUCCCUCGCGCCUCCGCCUGCAGACCAACAAGACGCUGGAGCGCACCUACAGCGUUGCGCCCUCGAUCCGCGGUCCGGCACGCGUCGAGGCGGGCGCCAAGGUGCCGGGCGAGUUCAAGACGCUCAGCCUGCAGCUGUCCCAGGGCGGGCUCAACGAUCGCAUCGAGCGAAAGAAGCGCGAGCAGAAGACGGUCAAGGAACUGUCUGAGCUCGACUGGCACUCCAUCAGCGCAGAAGAUGCGCUCAAGCGCCUCGGUUCGGCGGCCGACGCGGGCCUCGACACCUCGCAGGCCGAGCGCCGCCUCAAGCAGUACGGCCGCAACGAGAUGUCCAAGCCGCCGAACCGCUGGGCCCGCAAGCUCUUUGGCUACGUCUUUGGCGGCUUCGGCCCGCUGCUCGUCGCCGGUGCCAUCGUCUGCUUCAUUGCCUGGAAGCCGCUGGGCAACCCGCACCCGCAAGUGUCCAACCUCGCCCUCGCCUGCGUGCUCGUCUUUGUCGUCGUGCUCCAGGCGGCGUUCAACGCCCACCAGGACUGGUCCACGGGCCGGGUCAUGGAGUCGAUCGCCGGCAUGCUGCCCGAGGCGGUGAUCGUCGUCCGCGACGGCCAGAAGCACUCGAUCCCGGCCGCCGAACUGGUGCAAGGCGACGUCGUCGUCAUCUCGCUCGGUUGCAAGGUGGCCGCCGACUGCCGCAUCAUCGCCUGCUCCGACGCCAAGUUCGACCGCAGCGUCGUCACGGGCGAGGCUGACGCCGUGGCUGGCUCGGUCGACAUGACCGAGCACAACUACCUCGAGACCCGCAACAUUGCCCUGGCCGGCACCAGCUGCGUCAACGGCUCGGCGCUCGGCCUCGUCGUCGCGACGGGCGACAACACCGUCUUUGGCCGAAUCGCCAAGAUGACGAACCGUCCGCGGACGGGCCUCACGACGCUCGAGCGCGAGGUCCGCCUGUUUGUCUACACCAUCGCCGCCAUCGCCAUUGGCGUCGCCGUCGUCUGCGUCAUCUUCUGGGCCGCCUAUCUGCGCCCCAGGCACCCCGACUUUAUGUCGACGUCGGCGCUGCUGGUCAACGUCGUCUCGAUCCUCGUCGCCUUUAUCCCAGAGGGCAUGCCGAUUGCCGUCACCCUCUCGCUCACCGUCACCGCCCGCAAGAUGGCCAAGGCCAAGAUCCUCUGCAAGCAGCUCUCAACUUGCGAGACGCUCGGAGCCAUCACGGUCCUUUGCUCGGACAAGACGGGUACCCUGACGAGCAACCGCAUGACGGUUACCUCGGUCGGCGUCCACGGCUUCACCUCGGACCCGCUCGACGCACGCGACCACAUGACCACGGGCGGCCCGCUCGCUUCGGCCUUCACCCAGCUCCAGCUUGUCGGCGCCGUCUGCAACGCCGCCACCUUUGACGCCGCCUCGUGCCACCUGCCCGUCCGCGAGCGCACUGUGCACGGCGACGCCACCGACACCGCGAUUCUCAAGAUGGCCGAGGAGAUGGCUAGCGGCGUCGAGCGACUCUCCAGCGCCUGGACGACGCGCUUCCAGCUCGCGUUCAACUCCAAGAACAAGUUCAUGCUCAAGCUUGUCCGCGCCUCGGACGCUGGCGCUGCGAGCCGUGCAAUCUCGAUCGCCGAGGCGGAGCGCUUCGAUGCCGAGCGUGACCUGAUCCUGCUGGCCAAGGGUGGGCCGGAUGUCCUGCUCAAGCGCAGCGCCUACGCCCUCGACGCGUCGGGAGAGGUGGUGCCGCUGACCGACGAGAUCCGACAGUCGCUCAUGGCCACCCAGGCAGCCUGGUCGUCGCGCGGCCAGCGAGUCAUCCUGCUGGCCCGCCGCAUCGUCACGUCGACGAUGAUCGACACUUCGCUGCCGAUCGAGGAUGCGGCGGCGCUCGCUCUCAACGUCGACCUCACCGUCGUGGGCCUGGUUGGCAUCGUCGAUCCGCCGCGCCCCGAGAUCCCCGAGGUGGUGCGCACCUGCCGCGGCGCGGGCAUCCGCUUCUUCAUGGUCACCGGCGACUUCCAGCUGACGGCCGAGGCCAUCGCGCGCCAGUGCGGCAUCGUCACCGCCGAAAAGGUGGAUCGCUUCGACGCGCUCUCGACCGCCUCGCUGCCCGAGUACGACACCUUCGCCGAUGGCAACGACACACGUCCGCAGCGCGCCCUCAGCCUGACGGGCAGCGACCUGAUGCAGAUGGCCGAGGCGCAGUGGGAGCAAUGCUGCCGGUACGACGAGAUCGUCUUCUCUCGCACCACGCCCGAGCAGAAGCUGCGCAUCGUCAAAGAGUUUCAGGCGCGCGGCGGCUGCGUCGGCAUGACAGGCGACGGCGUCAACGACGCGCCCUCGCUCAAGCAGGCCGACAUCGGCAUCGCCAUGGGCGGCGGCUCAUCGGUGGCCAUGGAGGCGGCCGACAUGGUGCUGCUCGAGAGCUUUGCCAGCAUCGUCGACGCCCUCGUCUUUGGCCGGCUGGUCUUCUGCAACCUCAAGAAGACGGUGGCCUACCUGCUGCCGGCGGGCACGUUUGCCGAGCUGUGGGCGGUGCUGCUGUCGUUCUUCUUUGGCCUGCCGCAGAUCCUCAGCAACCUGCAGAUGAUCUUUGUGUCGGUGGGCACCGACGUGCUGCCGUCGCUCUCGCUCUGCCUCGAGAAGCCCGAGUCGGACCUGCUCAAGCGCAAGCCGCGCAACGUCAGGACCGACCGCCUGGCCGACUGGCGCCUGCUGACGCACGCCUACCUCUUCGUCGGCCUCCCCGUCACGGCUGCCUCGUGCGCCAUGGGAUUCUGGUGGAUGCAGCGGCACGGCGUCCCCUUCAGCGACAUGUGGCUGCGCUACGGCGGCGGGCGCGUGCAGACCGAGUCGCCGGCCCUCUUCAACGAGGUCCUCUACCAGGCCAACGCCGUCUACUUUUUCAACUUGAUUCUGAUGCAGUGGUUCAACCUGCUCGGGUGGCGCACGCAGAAGCUCAGCAGCCUUUUCCAGCAGCCUCCGAUCGGCAACGCGCGCACCCAGAACCUCGCCCUAUUCCCCGCCAUGGCCUUUGCCCUUGUCCUCGCCGUCUUCCUCUCCUACAUCCCCGCCCUCCAGCGCGUCUUUCUCACCCGCGGCGUGUCCGUCGAGCACUUUUUCCUGCCGAUGGCCUUUGGCGCGACGAUGCUCCUCGUCGAGGAGGGACGCAAGUACCUCGUCCGCCGCUACCCGCGCGGCGUCGUCGCCAAGAUGGCCUGGUGA